CCAUGGACCCCCGCAAAGUGAGCGAGCUUCGGGCUUUCGUGAAAAUGUGUAAGCAGGAUCCGAGCGUUCUGCACACCGAGGAAAUGCGUUUCCUGUGGGAGUGGGUGGAGAGCAUGGGGGGUAAAAUACCACCUGCCACUCAUAAAACUAAAUCAGAAGACAGUAUCAAGGAAGAAAAACCAGAUAGUAAGAAGGCGGAGGAAAACAUAAAGACAGAUGAACCAUCAAGUGAGGAGAGUGAUCUAGAAAUUGACAAUGAAGGUGUGAUUGAACCAGAUACCGAUGCCCCUCAAGAAAUGGGAGAUGAAAAUGUAGAGAUAACCGAGGAAAUGAUGGAUCAGGCAAAUGAUAAAAAAGUGGCUGCCAUUGAUGCCCUAAAUGAUGGUGAACUACAGAAAACCAUUGACUUGUUCACAGAUGCCAUCAAACUAAAUCCUCGCUUGGCCAUUCUGUAUGCCAAGAGAGCCAGUGUCUUCAUCAAAUUACAGAAGCCAAAUGCUGCCAUUCGAGACUGUGACAGAGCUAUUGAAAUAAAUCCUGAUUCAGCUCAGCCUUAUAAGUGGCGUGGGAAAGCACAUAGACUUCUGGGCCAUUGGGAAGAAGCAGCACAUGAUCUUGCCCUUGCUUGUAAACUGGAUUAUGAUGAAGAUGCUAGUGCAAUGCUGAAAGAAGUUCAACCGAGGGCCCAGAAAAUUGCUGAACAUCAGAGAAAAUAUGAGCGAAAACGUGAAGAGCGAGAGAUCAAAGAAAGAAUAGAAAGGGUUAAGAAGGCUCGGGAAGAACAUGAGAGAGCCCAGAGGGAGGAAGACGCCAGACGACAAUCAGGAGCUCAGUAUGGCUCUUUCCCAGGUGGCUUUCCUGGGGGAAUGCCUGGUACUUUUCCUGGAGGAAUGCCUGGAAUGGCAGGGGGGAUGCCUGGAAUGGCGGGAAUGCCUGGGCUCAAUGAAACUCUUAGUGAUCCGGAAGUUCUUGCCGCCAUGCAGGAUCCAGAAGUUAUGGUGGCCUUCCAGGAUGUGGCCCAGAACCCAGCGAGUAUGUCAAAAUAUCAGAGCAACCCAAAGGUUAUGAAUCUCAUCAGUAAAUUGUCAGCCAAAUUUGGAGGUCAAGCAUAAUGCCCUUAUGACAAAUAAAGCCCUUGCUGAAGGAAAAGCAACUUCGAUCACCUAAUGGAUGUCGCAAUAAUACAAAUCAGUGUACCUCCGACCUUCUCAUGAAGAAAGCUGGGGUGCUGUGAAGAGAAUCCCUACCCCUCUGCUCCCCAUGCAACUGAAACAUUCUACAAUUGUUGCCAUUAGGGUAUUCAUUCAGAUAAUGUUUUCCUACUAGGAACUACAAACUUUAAACACUUUUUAAACCUUAAAAAUAUUUAAAAACAUAUUAAAAGGGUAUGUUAGUCCCUA